UUUUUUUUUGACAUACAUAUAUAUAUAAAUAUACACAUAAAUAUUUCCAUUGCAGUUCGUUGCUUAAUUUAUCACAAUGUCAUUGCAAGUUCAGAAUGCAAACAAUGUCAAGAUUUACACAGUUUCGGGUUCAAAAGGCUCACGGUCCAUACCUGACUGGCUUGCUAGACGGAACAAGAAAGCACUCAAGAAUGAUUUAGAAUGGAGGCAUCGUAUCGAGCUCAUUCAGGAUUUCGAAUUCCCAGAAGCAUCACUCAAGAUCAAAACGACUCGGGAUGGGAAAUAUGCUAUCGCUACUGGUGUCUAUAAGCCUCAGAUGAGAGUAUACGAGUAUUCAGAAAUGUCCAUGAAGUUUGAUCGUCAUACUGAUGCGGAGAAUGUCGACUUUCAGAUCCUAUCGGACGAUUGGACAAAGACUGUACACCUUCAAGCCGAUCGGAGUAUUGAGUUUCAGGCUCAAGGAGGACUUCAUUUCAGAACCAGGAUCCCUAAAUUCGGACGUUCUCUUACCUAUCAUUACCCUUCAUGCGAUCUUCUCGUCACAGCAUCCUCUAAUGAAAUCUAUCGACUGAAUCUGGAACAAGGACGGUUCUUGAACUCACUCGUCACAGACAUCGACCCCACUGGAGGCAAUGGAGUCAACUGUGGAGAGAUCAACCCUGCUCAUUUACUCUACGGAUGUGGAACAGAUGCAGGAACAGUCGAAUUCUGGGAUUUGCGUGUCAGAGGUCGAGUUGGAGUGCUGGCACCCUCUUUACCCGAGAGUGUCAUGUCCUCCUCCCUCGGUAUCUCCUCCAUGAAAUUCAGAGAGGAUGGAUUAACGAUGGCUGUUGGUACGACCACAGGACAUGUGCUCAUGUAUGAUCUUCGUAGCAGUAUUCCCCUCUUUGUCAAGGAUCAUCAAUAUGGCUUCCCUAUCAAGAGUUUGACAUUCCAUGAGGGUACCCAGGGUGAGGACGGUCGUACUAAAGUGGUCUCGGCCGAUUGUAAGAUUAUCAAGAUUUGGGACAGAGAAAAUGGCAAUAAUUUCACAUCGAUCGAACCUGUCAACGAUAUCAAUGAUGUGUGCGUGGUCGAUAAUUCGGGAUUGAUGUUUGUGGCGAAUGAGGGUAUUCAGAUGCAGAGUUAUUAUAUCCCUUCAUUGGGACCAGCACCAAAAUGGUGUUCCUUCCUCGAUAACCUCACAGAAGAAUUGGAAGAGAAUCCUGUUCAGAAUAUCUAUGACGAUUACAAGUUUGUUACACGCAAGGAACUUGCCUCGCUGGGAUUGGAUCAUUUGGUUGGAAGCUCUGUAUUGAAGCCUUACAUGCAUGGAUUCUUCAUUGACCUACGACUCUAUGAGAAGGCCAAGGCAAUCGCCAAUCCAUUCGCGUAUGCAGAUUACCGGGAGAGAGAAGCAAAGGAGAAGUUGGCCAAGGAGGCUGGUUCUCGUAUUCGUGCGACGAUGAAGCUUCCCAAGGUCAACAAACAAUUGGCGACCAAGAUGAUGUUGGAUGAGGCCAAGGCUCGUCGCAAGGCUGCAGCUUCUGGAGAUGGUGCUCUUCCUGAGGCGGCCACAGAAGGCGGAGCCCUGAAGGAUAGCCGUUUCGCAGAUCUGUUCACCAACCCUGAUUUCCAGGUGGAUGAGGAUACGAACGAAUACAAGUUGCUCAACCCUGUGAAAUCAACUGCGAAGCCUAGCUACCGCGUUGUGGGCGAGGAUGAGAUCGAGGAGGCUAGCGAGGUUAGCAACAGUGAUGGUAGCGAUGUGGAUUCAGAUGAGGAUUUGAUCCGUGUUAGUCAUUACAAGUCAGAUCGGGAUAAUAACAAUAAGAAGAAGAAGGCGGAUCAAAUUACAUCGAUUCGUUCCGGAGUCAAGGACCGUAAACGCAUUCCCAAGAUGGAGGCACUCAAGCAACGAGCAGGAAACAGUUCAGGACCCGUACUCAAAUCACAAGCUCAGAGAUCUUUUGCAGAACGUGUUGCAAAGGAUAGAGGCAGUGACAAUUCAGUCUCACGUUCGACUGCUGGUGGUAUGGAGAUGUCAUUCCAGGUCAAGGGACGUGGAGGCAAGGGUGGUCGUGGUAAUACAAAAUCAUCAACAUCAUCAUCAUCAAGGAAUGGAGGCGAAAGUGGUGGUGGACCUCAACGCAGAGAGAGAAGAAGUGCUGGGCGCAACACAAUUCGUAAUCUUUAAAUAUAGGCCGUUCAAACGCUUUUUUUUUUUUCCUUUUGUUUUUAUUGUCAUCCG